AGUAUUAUCACACAAAAAUAAAUAUAAAAGCCAACAUAACCUGUUAAUCUUCAGCAUUUUAAAUGUUCAUUCAAUAACUCCUUGAAUACCUUUAAUAUUUACAUCUUUGUAACUUUGUGAAAAUUUAUUUAAGGCAUUAUUUAUUACUAUAGAAAUUAGUUAUUGUGAAUAAUAUGUUGAAAGUGCAAACUACAGACAUUAAUUUAAGUGGAUCUUAUUUCUAUACUCAACGAAAUUUAAGUUUAUUUAAAUAGUAUAUGUUUAAAAAACCGUAUUUGAGCGAUUAUAUUUUUAAUUUAUACUCUUUUAACGCAAUGGAUUUAAAACAAACAGUUGCCUAUCAGAGAAGUCAACUGAAGACCCAUAAUGUGAUUCAUAAAUUGUGGGCCAAGUUGAAAGGAAGAAGUACUGAAAAUAUUAAUGAUUUAGAGGAACAAGAGUUUCAAAGACAUUUACCACUUCAACUGGAAGAGUUUUUUGGAGAAUGUGUUUUGAAGGCCAAAAACUGUUUACAAGAAAAUUCAAACUUAUUUGAAGAAUUGGAUUACAAAUACCUUUGUUCUCUUAUUUAUUUUAUGCUUACAAGAAUCGAUGCUGAAGGACAAGCUGAUAAUAUUACCUUAUUGAUUAAUGUUGGCAGUUUAUAUUUAACUUUAAAUUACUUACAAAAUUCAGAGAACAUUGUAUUUUUUAAUGAUGUUUAUAUUGAAGUAGUAAAAAUUCUGGACUAUAUAAGGAUAGCAAAUUAUAAAGAAUCGCCAUUACUUAUGUUUUUGGAUGAUUUGAGAAUGUUUUUAUCACAAUCAAGGACAGCACUCAAUCAGAAUAGUUUAUUACAUACUAUAAGCUCUUUAUCAGAAUUUGUUUUUCUUGAAAACACUACAGUUUUUGAAACUUUUUCUGAUGAAGGUAUGAAUCUUCACGGAGGAAAAACUGCCUAUUUAGCUUUUCGUUGCUAUCAAGCCAUCAUAAACAAGAACUAUUCCAAAAAACUAGAUAUGAGUAAUGCAAGGCUGGCAACAGUAUUAAGUUUAAUGACCUGUUUUAAGUCGAAUACUGCACCUGUUAGAAUGCUUUCAGUAUUUCAAAGAAAUGUUCAAAACUUCAUUCAAGACACUUCACCCUUUCUGUUAAUUGAAGAUGAACAUUUACUUGUAAAAGCAUUACAAGUAAUAAUUCCUAAACCUGAAUAUGAUUGUUAUGAGGGAAUAGCAGGAUUAUUAAGGAAUCUUCCAUUAGAACAAUUCCAAGCGUUUGUGCAGUGGACAGCUUAUGCUAUGGUGUCUGAUAACAAAAGUUACAAACAAUAUUUUCCCAAUAUUGCAGUAUUUAUUGUAAAAAAUCCUCCUGACUCAGGCCAUUUUUCUAAAUGUGAAGUGGUCGUUGAAAUGCUUUCACAGAACAUAAUUAAACUUACAGCAGACUCUUGCAAUGAAAUUCGGGAAAAUGCGAUUAGGAAUUUAGAUGAGCUUCUUAAAAUAAAUGACGCUUCUACUAAAAUGGCACUCAGACGAAUAUUGAGUCGUGAAGAAGAGUUGCAUUCAAUGAAUGCCAAAUCAAUUCUUAUAAUACUAAAAAGAAAUGUUGAUCUUAAGUGGACAAAAGUGGCCACAAAUCAAAGAAUAAUUAACAUUUUAUGUCAGUUCAUUAUUUUACGUGAUGAUUAUUUUUUAACACAACAAACAAUAGAUAUUUUGUUAAGUAUAAGUUUAACUGCAAAGCCAUUUCAUCUCAAACCUUGUAUUAGUAGUUUGCAUGUAUUAAUCGAGGCAUGUUUGGGGUUUGCUGACAAUGUGGUAAAAGUGAUAGUUAGUAUAUUUAUUCACCAACUGUUUAAGGAGAAUUCAUCCCUCUUUAUAAAGGAACUGUGGAAAAUGAUUUUUGGGGAACCAAACACAAAAAAUAAUAAAAUGGACACAUGGAGUAUUGCCAAUUUAGUUUUGUCCCAGAAUUUUGAUUGCGAUCAAAUUUUUAAAAAAUUUGCAGAUGAAAAAUUACUUGAUAACGAACUUGUUUUAAACGUUAUUAACAGCCUUCAAGAACAGCCAACAGCAUGGAAAUUGCUAAAUCUAUUAUGUAAAUAUGUGAAAUUUAAUGACUGGUUUAAAAUUGAACGUUAUAUUCUUCAGAGUUUAACAACAAAAACAUUCUCUGAAACAUCGGUUUACAUGUUCAGCAGCUUUAACGGUAUGUUGAUGAACAGAAGUGUGAAUAAUGAACAAGAGAUGUGCUCAUUGCGAAUGAUACUGUCCCUUUUAUGUAACAAUUUCAUAUCCUUAGUGUUCCCUUUAAAUUGUUUACCAGCAGUUGUGGAACUUAUUUCAACAAUAUCUAACUUAUCAGCAACUUUUCCCAAUUGGGCAAAAGAUGCGUUAAGCAUCUUAAAUGGUCGAUUACAGAGAUCUUUGACAUGUAUUAUAACGAAAAAUUUGGAGUGUGUAGUUGAAGUUGAAAGAGAUAUUGUGUACACAGCAGAAUUGAUUACUAUUUCAAAAGAUUGUGUGGAUUCUGUACCUGCAGACAAUUUAGACUUACUGAAAAGCAUUGUGAACCCUGAACAUGAAAAUCUAGCUUUAAGAGAAUUCCUGUCGAGAUACUCAUCUGUGUGGACUCAAUGUCUAAUCCUUUACUCAAAAAUAAUGAUACAGAGAGGAGGAGAUGACAGUUUAGAAUUGUCACAGGUUUUACAAAAAACUUUGCAUUAUUCUGAUCCAAAUGUCCAGCUACCCGCACUGUAUGCUCUUUAUGACUUAUGUCACAUCUACUUUGAAUACUUUGAUCCUAUCAUUCCACAUCUUUUUACAGUUAUAGAUCAAAAUAAUGCGUCUGUUCGAUUAGCAAGUGCAAAAAUAAUAAUGGAAUGUAUAGAUAAUGAUGUGAUUAAGUUAAAAGAUACAUACUUUUUGCUCUUUAUUAGCCUCAUUAUAGAUCAUAACGAAGACGUAAGAAAAAUAGUAAUUAAAUAUAUGAAGCAAAAGUUCUUUGUUAAAAACGAACGGUUAAUCGCUCAAAAUUUUGUGUUCAGCGUUUUCCAUCUUAAUCAAUAUCAUGAUCAUCCUAUGUUACAACUGCCACCUUCAGACAUACAAAUUUUACAAAGACGUAGAUAUUUGCAUCCGGAUCUGUCCCAAAUGUUCUACUUCUUAUUUCGAAAUGUCUCUAAGAAGACACAAUUUAAUAUUAUUGAGACGCUUGCCAAACAAGUUUUAAUACCAGCCCUUUCAAAUGCUGAGGAUUACUGUACAAAAGCAGAUAAAAUCAGAGUAUUUGAAGACAGUUUGCUACUUAUUUUGAAAUUUGCUGUCUUAACUGAAACACUCAACAUAACUGAUACAAAAGAAUUUUAUGAAGAACAAAUUAAGACAACGUUCAAAAGAUUGUUAGGACCUGGAGGAAGCACCGGCACUCCCAAAUAUAACAUUAAGAAUCAACAUGGUGUUCUCAAAGUGGUUUUAAAGACUCUCCUUGAACUUCCAGAAAAAAUUGGACUAAACUAUUGCAACACAUUGGAAUUAAUUUGUAGAACUACUGUCAUUUUCAUCAAAGGCUUUUUUGAUGAUAUUAAGAAUCUUGUAUGUGAAGAUAAUGUUUUGAAACAUGCAGUGGAAAAUUUCCUCGAAUUCUACAAGAAACAGAGCAGCAAGUUUAUGUAUGAGAAAUCAUAUGUACCUGAACAAAUGGACUUUAUUUAUAGUAUAGAUUUAUAGCAAUUAAUUUAGCAGGGUAUGACCAUGAAAAAUCAUAUAAACUGAAUUUUCAACAGAUAAGAAAAAACUUGGCACAACAUACAAACAUAGAAAUAUGCUAAUAUUUGGUUACUUGAAUUAUUCAAAGGAGUGCACACAACAAAAAUUGUAACUGAAUUCAAUAAAAUUGAUUGUAUAUUUUGUCCCCAAAAUAAAAGCUUGUAUUUUAACAUUGUCAUUAAGAAAAGUGUACAUUUGCAAAAUAUGUAAUAAAUAUAAUAAGGAAAACAGUAAUGCAAUAUUAUUAAAUUUGAUAGUACUCGUAGUGCAGCAAGUUAAAUAUGCCGACAACAAAUGUAGGUAUCGUUCAGCUUUCAACAUUUUCCAAAUAUAGACAAUUAUAUCAAUAAAUGAAUUAUUACUACUUAUCAAUUAAAUAAACUGUCAAUAAAGAAAUAAAAUGAUAAAGAACUAAUUACAUAA